GAGAGAGAGAGAGAGAGAGAGAGAGAGAUUGUGAGUGAGUGCGUCGUGUAGGCACUUGAGAAAUUGAGGGAGGAGGAGAGUAGGGGUGUUAAAAAGCGACGGGUAUCAUAAAGUGGCGGUGAGUGGCGACUCGUGAUGGGUAUAAAGUGGCGUAGAGCCUAAGCUGAGAACCCCCCCAACUCAUUUCCUCUCUCUCUCUCUCUCUCUCAUCGUUAACAAGUGUUCUUGGGGAUAGAAAGAAAGCGAAUCCAUUCAAUGAGUCACUAGCACUAGGCCAGCUAACUCACUUAUAAAUUUGUAUAAUUGGUCUCCGUUCUUAAUUUUCUCUGUCUGGGGGGCUGCUCUCUUAGCGCGCUUUUUGCUAAAGAUCGAUGGGUGGUGAUAAAGCAAUUAGUCUUGAGGAGAUAAAAAACGAGACUGUUGAUCUGGAAAAGGUUCCAAUUGAAGAAGUGUUUGAGCAGCUGAAAUGCACCAGAGAAGGUCUAAGUUCAGAGGAAGGAGCCAACAGGCUUCAGAUCUUCGGACCAAACAAAUUGGAGGAGAAAAAGGAAAGCAAAAUACUCAAGUUUCUUGGAUUUAUGUGGAAUCCACUCUCAUGGGUCAUGGAAGCUGCAGCUGUGAUGGCAAUAGCCCUGGCCAAUGGCGACGGAAAGCCCCCGGAUUGGCAGGACUUUGUGGGUAUUAUUUGUUUGCUGGUAAUCAACUCCACCAUCAGUUUCAUUGAAGAAAACAAUGCUGGUAAUGCUGCUGCUGCUCUCAUGGCCGGUCUUGCACCAAAAACUAAGGUGCUUAGAGAUGGGCGAUGGAGUGAGCAAGACGCUGCCAUUCUGGUUCCUGGAGACAUUAUUAGUAUCAAAUUGGGAGACAUAAUCCCUGCUGAUGCUCGUCUUCUUGAGGGUGAUGCACUAAAGGUUGAUCAGUCAGCCCUUACCGGAGAAUCGCUUCCAGUGACCAAAAACCCGUAUGAAGAAGUCUUCUCUGGCUCAACUUGCAAACAAGGUGAGAUUGAAGCUGUUGUGAUUGCUACUGGUGUUCAUACCUUUUUCGGAAAGGCUGCACAUCUUGUGGACAGUACCAACCAAGUUGGACACUUCCAGAAGGUUCUUACGGCAAUUGGGAACUUCUGCAUUUGUUCUAUUGCUAUUGGGAUGCUAGUCGAGAUUAUUGUAAUGUACCCAAUUCAGCACAGAAAGUACAGGGACGGAAUUGAUAACCUCCUGGUUCUGUUGAUUGGAGGUAUUCCAAUUGCUAUGCCCACCGUCUUGUCUGUCACAAUGGCUAUUGGGUCCCAUCGGCUGUCACAGCAGGGUGCAAUUACCAAGAGAAUGACUGCAAUUGAGGAGAUGGCUGGCAUGGAUGUGCUCUGCAGUGAUAAGACUGGGACUCUAACUCUCAACAAACUGAGUGUUGACAAGAACUUGAUUGAGGUGUUUGCAAAGGGUGUGGAUAAAGAACAUGUGCUUCUUCUUGCUGCAAGGGCUUCUAGAACUGAGAACCAGGACGCUAUUGAUGCUGCCAUUGUGGGGAUGCUUGCUGAUCCGAAGGAGGCAAGGGCUGGUAUUAGAGAGGUGCAUUUCUUCCCAUUCAAUCCUGUGGACAAGAGGACUGCUUUGACCUACAUUGAUGCUCAGGGAAAUUGGCAUCGAGCUAGCAAAGGUGCCCCUGAACAGAUUUUAACCCUUUGCAAUGCCAAGGAAGAUGUGAAGAAGAAGGUCCAUGCCAUCAUUGACAAGUUUGCUGAGCGGGGACUCCGGUCAUUGGCUGUUGCAAGUCAGGAAGUGCCAGAGAAGACUAAAGAAAGUCCAGGUGGCCCAUGGCAAUUUGUCGGAUUGUUGCCCCUCUUUGAUCCUCCCAGGCAUGAUAGUGCAGAGACUAUCCGCAGGGCUCUAAAUUUAGGUGUAAAUGUCAAGAUGAUUACCGGUGAUCAACUUGCUAUAGCUAAGGAGACCGGCCGAAGAUUGGGAAUGGGAACAAACAUGUAUCCAUCUGCUUCUUUACUUGGUCAAGACAAAGAUGCAUCCAUAGCCGCCCUUCCUGUUGAGGAGUUGAUUGAGAAAGCAGAUGGGUUUGCAGGUGUAUUCCCAGAGCAUAAAUACGAAAUCGUGAAGAAAUUGCAGGAGAGGAAGCAUAUAUGUGGAAUGACCGGAGAUGGUGUGAAUGAUGCCCCUGCUUUGAAGAAAGCAGAUAUCGGAAUUGCUGUUGCUGAUGCUACUGAUGCUGCCCGGGGUGCAUCCGACAUCGUGCUAACUGAACCGGGACUCAGUGUUAUCAUCAGCGCGGUGCUCACGAGUAGAGCUAUUUUCCAAAGGAUGAAGAAUUACACAAUAUAUGCAGUCUCCAUCACAAUCCGUAUUGUGUUUGGUUUCAUGUUUAUUGCCUUGAUAUGGAGGUUUGACUUUUCACCCUUCAUGAUUUUGAUCAUUGCCAUUCUAAAUGAUGGAACUAUAAUGACAAUCUCAAAGGAUCGGGUGAAGCCAUCUCCGUUGCCUGAUAGCUGGAAACUGAAAGAGAUUUUUGCUACCGGUAUUGUGCUUGGAGGUUACCUGGCCUUGAUGACAGUUAUAUUCUUCUGGAUCAUGAAGGAAACUGACUUCUUCUCUGACAAAUUUGGUGUAAGAUCUAUAGGGAACAGUGAAGUUGAAAUGAUGGCUGCUCUAUACUUACAAGUGAGUAUUGUGAGCCAGGCUCUAAUAUUUGUCACUCGAUCUCGAAGCUGGUCAUUUUUGGAACGCCCUGGAUUGUUAUUAGUCAGUGCUUUCUUGAUUGCACAGCUGGUGGCAACCGUGAUUGCCGUCUACGCAAACUGGGCUUUUGCAAGAAUUAAAGGAGUUGGUUGGGGAUGGGCUGGAGUUAUCUGGCUUUAUAGUAUUGUCUUCUAUUUCCCACUUGACAUUAUGAAAUUCGCCAUUCGUUACAUCCUAAGUGGAAAAGCAUGGCUUAACUUGCUCGAGAACAAGACUGCCUUCACCACAAAGAAGGAUUAUGGCAAAGAGGAGAGGGAAGCUCAAUGGGCACUUGCUCAGAGGACUCUGCAUGGACUUCAACCACCCGAAGCCUCUACUAUAUUCAAUGAGAAAAGCAGUUACAGAGAGCUGUCUGAAAUUGCUGAACAGGCUAAGAGGAGAGCUGAGGUUGCAAGGCUUCGUGAGCUUAACACGCUCAAGGGGCAUGUCGAGUCAGUGGUAAAGCUGAAAGGGCUGGACAUCGAUAACAUCCAGCAGCAUUAUACAGUAUGAAAAAUGGAGAAAUGUUUACGAGAGAAGGGCAUUGCAUCAGCGCGCUCCAAGGCCCAAAUCAUGAAGGGAAAGAAACCCUUAUGCCUUUAACUAUAAAAAGUUUUCUAGAACAUGGGAACAUUUCCGUGCUAUACAUCAUUUCCUGUAUUAUGUAUUCAAGUUCCAACAGGUGUUUGGCUGCUUAACUAAUGCUUUGAUGUUGAGCAGAGUUAACAUAAAAUGUGUACCCGCUAUUAUGUUUCUAAAUAAAAUCAUUCCAAUAGAGAGGACAA